UAUAUAUAUAUAUAUAUAUAUAUAUAUAUAUAUAUAUAUCGUGCCGUAUAGGUAAAACUUGUAUUUUGGCUUAAAUAUCAACGCUCUUCUUGCCGAAUAAGGCAAGCGAAAAUUUGUGUAUGCAGUAAUUUCGCAAAAAUUAUUCUGAACCUAACGAAAAAAAAUAUUUCAUUGUGUUUGUUUAUUAUUAAAUUAUUGUAAAAUUAUCUAAAAUAUAUAUAGUUGGAUUAGGCUAAAUUAAAUUACGUUUGUUAUGAUAAGGUUAGGUAAGUUUUCUAAUAUUCUUUCUUUUGGCACAAAAUUAUUAAUUUUUACACUAACAUCAAUGAAAAAAAUAUAUCUUUAAAUUUACAAGAGAAAAUUUAAGAAAGGACUUAAUUUUAAAUGAGUUCUUACUAAUUGACCAAUUGUGGAAAUUUUUUUUACAUAAUUUCCUAAAUGUAGAACAUAUAAAUAAAUAAUAUAAUAAUCGUGUAAUAAAAUAUGAUUUUGCUUUGACCCUUCGAGAAAUUUCGAGUGAGGUGGGAGGUAAUUAAGCUGCUGAGGAACGCCGGGGGAAGACGCCAUAUUGAAUUUAAUUGUGUAAGGACUGGUUGGAAAUUUGCACCAGGAAUUCGGCGUUUUCCGAAGCCUAAUGGGGAGUAUCAGCCUCAGUUCGUAAUAGGAAUUCGUGUUAAUGUCCCCUGCUGGAAAAUUAGGACAGGAAAUUUACGAAAGCACCAUAAUAGGGUGGUGAGAAUGGAAAAUGAAUGAUGCAGUGUCAUCUCGCCUCACAUGGGAGUACACCAAUCAUUGUAUUUAGACCUAGUUGGACAGUGUAGGAUCUAGAUAGGCAGGUGUUGUGGUGUCAUCCAUUACAUUAAUUAAAUGCACAUAAUGACGCAAGUUGUGGGAGUAAUCCAUCUGCCAAAGUUAACAUUGGGUUAUGUCUACAUUCGCUGGUUAUGUUGAUGCAAUCUCUCCGACAUACUAAUAAGGCAGCUGGAGCCGGGUGACUGUGACAUCCAAGAGUCUGUCGCUUAUGUUGGAUGCACCACAGACAUGUAGCUCCUUCAUGAUAAGUCAGAACAUCGGGAAGCAGGAUUCGAUACUGCGGAAGUUGUUAACGGCCCUUACAAACCCAUAACAACCAGCAGUACUACCACGCCGGGUAAAGUUCUGCUAAAAGCAUUACUUCUUUAGGUAAAGAUGGAGGAGUUGGCAGUAGAGACCUUAAGUGUGAGUGAUCGUUGGAGUCUCAAGAGUGUGGAGAUUAUUUCUUCUUUACAACAUCACUUAGAGCCAUAUGAAUCAUGGGUAGUGUAUGCCUCAGUGUUUGGGGACAACAGGGAGGCAUUUACAUUCUUCUUCCCUCUUCUGGCUGGCCUUGCUAAUGAGUUAGGAGCACGGGCUCUUUGGGCAUCUAUAUUUGUGGAAUGGUCCAAUCUGCUCUUGAAAUGGAUGUUCAAAGGAGACCGUCCCUACUGGUGGAUUGGAGAAACUUCCCUUUACAAUGAUGAAACACGGCCUGAGCUGCGACAGUUUACAAACACCUGUGAGUCAGGGCCUGGUACACCCUCAGGCCACCUCAUGUUGAAUGUUGCUCUUUUUUAUGUGGCUACCAAAGGCAUAAGUAAACUCUUUAUUCAGAAAUCUACAAAACUGAGAAAUUGGCUGCAAUUAUUUUUCAGCCUGUGCCAGAAAAGCAUUUUAUCAGCUGUUGUGUACACAGGGUUUCUGUUAUGGAUUGGAGUUAUUUUUAUCUCCCGUCUGUAUAUCCAAGCCCAUUUUAUCCAUCAGAACAUCUUAGGAGUUAUUAUUGGGUUGAUGGUUGGUCAUAUGGCUUGGAGCACUAAGUGGUUGGUAAAACUGAGUAAAGUAUGGGCAGUAGUAGUGGCAUGUUCCCUCAUUGGUACAGCUGUAUCUACUUAUUCACUGCUUCUUUCACAAGGACUAGAUCCUUUGUGGUCAUUACCAUUGGCUCUUAAGCACUGUGCACACUCAGAAUAUGUAAAAGUUGAUACACAGGUAUUCUAUUUGGUGAUGAGAUUCACAGGAUCAGCGCUAGGACUAGGUCUUGGACUCUCAUCAGAUCAACGAUAUGUUGUCUUGAAUGCUCCAAGAAAUUUUAUUCGCACAAUCCUUACUAUAAAAGGAGGAAUUUUAAUUGGAAAAAUGGCAGCAAUGAUUCAGGCAAAUUUACCAACGGAUGAUAUGGUGCUGUUCCUGGCAUUAUCUUUUGGUCUCAAUAUUGCUCUUCCGUUUAUCAUCAUUGCUCUGCUGCCACACUUUCUUCUCACUGUUUAUUAUGGUAACUAAAGGAAUCAAGUGAGUUUAUACUCUCUCAUGAGUUUUAAUUCUCAUAAAAUGGAAUAUCAACAAUCCUGCAUUUUGAGACAAUACAUGGUAGACAUUUUCAAAUUUCAUACAUUUCAUGUACAUUAUUAUUAUUAUAAUCAAGGGGGAAGCGCUAAACCCGGAGGAUUAUACAGCGCCUGGGGGGGGGAUGUGGAAGGCAUUCAGGCUUAAUUCGGGGAACUGGAGCACAGAUCCAAUUCCCUAAAUCAAGAGCCCCUCACCAACAUCAAGGAACCUUCCUUGAGGGGAUUUCAUGUACAGUAUAUGGCUUAGCGCUUCUUUUUUAUUAUAAUAGUAAUAAUCAUGUACAGUAUAUUUUUUGUAAAAUAUAAUAUUGCUUACCAAGCUCCUUCAUGGGUACACUAUUUUUGUUUUUCACAUUAAUUUUUGGAUUAUCUGUUCAGUUGCAAAAUUCAACAAUACUACUGGAUAAUGUAGGAAGCCAGAUAACUGAUGUACAGUGGACCCCCGCUUAACGAUCACCUCCAAAUGCGACCAAUUAUGUAAGUGUAUUUAUGUAAGUGCGUUUGUACGUGUAUGUUUGGGGGUCUGAAAUGGACUAAUCUACUUCACAAUAUUCCUUAUGGGAAAAAAUUCGGUCAGUACUGGCACCUGAACAUACUACUGGAAUGAAAAAAGUUCGUUAACCUGGGGUCCACUGUACCAUUUAAUUGAUGAUCUACUGUAGUAAGAUGCUUGUUUACUGUUACUUGGAGUCUUGUAUACAAGAUUAAGAGGCCAAAAUGUUCUUAGUUAAACAUGACCUUUAUAAUUUGAUUCACUCCAUCACUGGCAAGACAGUGAUGGAGUGAAUGAUGGUGAAAGUUUUUUCUUUUUCGGGCCACCCUGCCUUGGUGGGAAUCGGCCAGUGUGAUAAUAAUAAUAAUUAUUAUUCUUGUAUGUGGCAUUUUAUUUUAAAUUAUGCCACAUUCUUGAUAAUUGCAUCAUUUGUAACUAAAUAGUAGGGUGCACCAAAAUAUUGGUGGGUAUCAGCUAAUUUUGAUGGUACUGUAUCUUUGUCAGCAUAAAACAGAGUAGUGAUAUUGAUGGGUAUUGGUAAGGUUUCAUAAUAUUGGUAUUGGUAUCAGUAAAAAAUUUGGUGUUAUCCCAUCCCUACUAAAUAUACUGUAAAUACUGUUUUGAAUGAUAUGGAAAAAUUGUAAUUUUUUCUUCAAAUACCCAAAUACAUUUCACUCUUUAGAAAGGGGCCCUGUAUAUUACACUUCUGAUGUGAAGUCUUAAAUAUAUUUAUAUGUAUAUUUAACACACUGGCCAUCUCCCACUGAGGCAAUUUAACAUUGACUAAGGGUAUUUACAGAAAGUUAUUUUUCAUAUCUCUUCAUAUUCCACUGACACCUGGAUGGAAUAUGGAGAAUGCUAAUCAAACAUCGACUCAUUACUUAGCUAAUGUGUAAACAUUGGGUUGAGAGCAGUUCAGGAACCAGUACAUUUUGCAUUAUAAAAGACGGCAAAUAAAUGU